AUCAUGAAUCCUGUUUAUAGCCCUGGAUCGUCUGGGGUUCCCUAUGUAAAUGCCAAAGGAAUUGGUUAUCCAGCUGGUUUCCCGAUGGGCUAUGCAGCAGCUCCUGCCUAUUCUCCUAACAUGUACCCUGGAGCAAAUCCUACCUUCCAAGCAGGUUACACUCCUGGCACACCUUACAAAGUGUCCUGUUCACCCACCAGUGGGACGGUACCACCAUACUCUUCCUCCCCCAACCCUUACCAGACUGCCAUGUACCCUGUGCGAAGUGCCUACCCCCAGCAAAACCCGUACACACAGCAAGGCACGUACUACACACAGCCCCUGUAUGCAGCACCCCCUCAUGUCAUCCACCACACUACCGUGGUGCAGCCCAACGGCAUGCCAGCAACAGUGUACCCUGCACCUAUUCCCCCUCCCAGGGGCAACGGUGUGACCAUGGGGAUGGUGGCUGGGACCACGAUGGCCAUGUCAGCAGGCACCCUGCUGACCGCUCACUCCCCAACUCCCGUCGCCCCCCAUCCAGUCACUGUGCCCACAUACAGGGCUCCAGGAACACCCACCUACAGCUACGUGCCCCCUCAGUGGUGAUUACCUUGCAAA